AUGAGGCCCCAACCAUCACCCUUGCAUUGCACUGUUUGUAUCUUCCUGGUCAUUUGCGUGCCUCUAGUGGUGGGUAACCUACCACAUUCACUGCCCUGGCAUGUCUCCUGCCCAAUCCGCUGCGUCUGCCAAAUCAAGCCGUGGUUUUCCUUUGACUCCUUGUACCACGAGGCGCCAACUGUGGACUGCAAUGACCUACUGCUAACCAAGCUUCCAUCACCCAUUCCCAAAAACACACACACGCUAAGACUGCAGAGUAAUCUUCUUUCGGACUUGGACACUUCAACGUUGCAAAAACUCCCAAAUUUGACCGAUCUCGACUUAUCGCAAAACCGUUUCAACCAUAUUCGAACAAUAACGUCAGGUCCCCCAUUGCGGUAUUUGCUAGCACUGCAUUUAGAAGAAAACCAUUUAAGCCACCUACCGGAUGCAUCUUUCCCGUCACUGCCAGUGUUGCAAGAACUGUUUUUAAGUCACAACAAUUUGCAUACGAUUUCGCCAGGAGCAUUCACUGGCUUGGAUAACCUGCUUCGCCUGCAUAUCAACAAUAACAGACUGACCACAAUAGAUCCAAGAUGGUUCAAAGCGUUACCGAAGUUGGAGGUGCUGAUGUUAGGUGGAAAUCCGGUAGUAGCGUUACCGGAACAAGCGUUUAUCGCGUUGAAAUCUUUGCGGAGUCUCGUUCUUGGCGGGAUGGGGCUACAAAAUCUAGCAGAGAAAGCGCUAGAUGGCUUGGAUCAGCUAGAAAGUCUAUCCUUCUUUGACAACCAACUUACAAAAGUCCCCACUGCAGCCUUGCGAAGAGUUCCUGGUCUCAAAUUCCUCGAUCUGAACAAAAAUCGGAUAAAAAUAAUUCAGAAUGGUGAUUUCCAUGACAUGGUGCAUCUUAAGGAGCUCGGUUUAAACAACAUGGACGAUCUGGUUUCAAUUGAGAAAGGAGCGCUGGAAAAUCUCCCAGAACUAACCAAACUUGAAAUCACAAAUAAUCCACGUUUGUCCUACAUUCAUCCUCACGCAUUUCUUAAACUAACCAGGCUUGAAAGUUUAAUGCUAAACUCAAAUGCUCUUAGCGCUCUACAUCACAAUAUCAUGCUAUCUUUGCCCAAUUUGCAAGAAGUUAGCUUACACUCCAACCCGUUACGUUGCGAUUGUUUAUUCCGCUGGGCUGCUGAAGAAUCUCCCCAUCUUUAUAUCGACAAAGAUCAAACUGAUUCCCAAGCGCUUCGAGUUGUACGAUUUAUCCAACCGCAAGCCACUCUUUGCGCCGAGCCUCCGGAACUGAGAUCGCGAAAAGUUCGGGAGGUAUCAACUCUGGAGAUGUCUGCGUCUUGCCUUCCGAUGAUCCCGUCAAAUUCUCUCCCUUCGUACGUCGGCGUGAGAGAAAACGGAAAACUGGUCUUGCAUUGCCGCGCGCUUGGUGAUCCGCAACCGGAAAUCUACUGGGUAACUCCUUCUGGGAUGAAAUUGGGACCAAAUAAACCGAAUUCAUGUCGCAAUUUCUCAAGAUCGAAUCAUAACGUUACUUCUAGCAGAAAUCAGGACAGUCAGAAUAGGUCGUUAUGCUAUCGGAACAAGCACUACAAGCUACUUCCUGAGGGUACUUUAGAAAUCAGCAAGGUGACAUCCCAUGAAGCCGGACUGUACACUUGUAUUGCUGAAAAUAUUCUAGGCGCAGAUACAAGAAGCGUAACCCUUGGCGUGCAUGCUCGAGAAAACCGUCGGAAAAAAGUGAAUUUGAAAGCGUUUUUGCGAGCUGAGGUUGCCAGAUUGGAAUUAAGGGAAGUUGGAGAACGCUAUGCCAUCCUUUCUUGGCAAAAUGUACGUAACUUACCUUCAACACGUCUAUCGUGGCAAGCCAUAUACGCCAAUUUGCACACGCCGACUUACACGACAAGAAUCCUCGCUGGAACACAAAGUUUUAAUCUAACGCAUCUGCAACCGGAGACGUUUUACAGGGUAUGUCUCCACCUAGGGGUCGCAGACGAUAGCAAGCGCGUAAGCAAAAGGGUGAGAAGCGUUCGAAAACCUCAAUGCGUCACGUUUAGGACAAAAGAAGCAGAGGAGCCGGAAGCUAGUCUCGAGCUGAAACCGGAGCUGACGUCGACGGCGGUGACGCUUCUGCUGCUGGCGCUGAUCCUGCUAGCUCUGGCCGGGCAGAGCUUUGAGACGGAGGGUCAGAAGGGUGAUCACGUGAUGCUGCUGCAGGAAGUGAAAGGUCAUGUGAUCCAGGUCAAAGAAGAAAAAGGAGGAGAGAGUGAGAAAGUGCCGUUGUGA